CUCGUCAAGGAUUACGACUGCUCGAUUCAGUAUCAUCCGGGAAAGGCGAACGUCGUCGCAGAUGCCCUUAGCCGAAAGGUGAGGGGUGACUUGAUGUACGUCAUCACUCAGCAGAGUUCGUUGAUUCAGGAGUUUGCCCGGAUGCAGCUUCAAGCAAUUUAUGCACUUCCCAUAGCAGUUUCGGGGAGUACCAGUGCCAGUGUCAGUGCUAUGCAGCUUCAGCCGACACUGAGAGAGAGAAUCCGGCAAGAGCAGGCUUCUGACGAGUUCGUUCGAGUCAUGGAGGCCAAGGUUCGAGUCGGAGGCAUCGAGGGUUUUCAGCUAGGUGCCGAUGGUGCCCUAGAGUUCAGAGGCAGGAUCGUGGUCCCGAAGGUCGAGGCGUUGCGGAAGGAGAUUUUAUCAGAGGCUCAUACCGCACCCUAUUUGGCCCAUCCCGGGAGCACGAAGAUGUAUCACGACCUGAAAGGGUCAUUCUGGUGGCGAGGUAUGAAGAAGGACGUCGCCGAGUUUGUCAAGAGAUGUUUUAUCUGUCAGCAAGUCAAGGCCGAACAUCAGAGUCCGAUUGGCCUCCUGCAGCCACUGCCGAUUCCGAGGUGGAAGUGGGAGAAAGUCACGAUGGAUUUCGUUACGGGAUUGCCGAGGUCGUCUGAACAUCACGACGCUAUCUGGGUCGUGGUCGACAGAUUGACUAAG